AUUUAAGAUGAUUAACAAAAAUUAUGAAUUAUAAUGUUGUUUAUUUAUUUUCCGCUUCUUAGUACGAUCAUUUCGUUUAUCAUUAUUGCUAUAGUUUCAUCAUCAACAAUCACUUUGUCGGAUAAUAAUAAUAAUGAUAAUGGUGAAAUAAAUUUCAAUCUAUCAAAUAAAGAAAACAUUGAACUUUAUUUUCGUAUAAAACGUAAACAACAAUUGAAUGCUGUGCAAACAUUAUUAAAUUAUGAUCGUUAUGAUCGCCAAUAUCAAAUGGUGGAUAAAUUGUUUGAAAAAAUAUUCACCAUUAUAGAUGAAUCUCAACAACAAGUGAUCAAUAAUUCUGAUUACAAUAUUGGUGAUCAAUUGCCAUUGAAUCAAACGGAAAUUGUACGAAAUAUAUUACAAGUGAUUGAUAAUUGUGCAUUUUUUGCUAAUAUUGUAUUGAAAUUACCCGAUAUAUCACGACGAUUAUUGGACAAGAGAAAUGGAAAAUCCAAUGAUUGGGCACAAUCUUAUCGAUGGUGUUUAAAUUUUACCACAAAUUCGAAUAUUGUUGAUGAUUUAAGUUUGAAAAUGUUCAAUCUAGCAGCACAACAAUUGAACAUUGUGGAAAAAGAAGCAGAUUUUCUAAAUCCAUAUGAAAAAAAGAAUCAAAAAAGUCGUACGUCAUCAAAUUCUAUUAUAAAAGAUCCAGUGGAUAAAAAGAAGAAAAAUUCAAAAACUAAAUCAUCAAAAGGUCCACGAAUGAGCCGUAUUGAAUUAUGAUGAUGGCAAUUCAUUCCUAUCAUUCAGUCAAAUAAUUUUGUACUCAAAAAACAUAAUAUUCAUUCCAAUAACCAAAAACCAUUAUCUGCCAGUGUUUGUAUUUGUGUCAUGACAAUUUUUAUUCGUCCAAUAUCAUUACAUUAUCGCCAGUAAAUUUAUUGAUUUAUUUGGGCGUCGUCGGUUAAAAUUUCCCAAAAAAAAAAUAAAUAUUCGAUAAUAGCAUU